UUAUAAAAUGCUUUACCCAUAUAAAAUGUACAAAAUAUUAAGAACUAAUGAAUGAAUAAGUUUUUCUAAUAAUGUGGCUUUGGUUUUAUUUUCGCUAUGACAUCUUUAAUAAAAUGAUAAAUCUAUUUUUAAAUACGCAAUGCGUAUGCAAAAUUAAGAUGAACUGGCUAUAUGCCUUUUUUGAGCUAACAAGAAAAUAAACAGUAUGGCUCGAAAAUAAAGUUGCCAAUGAUAUUUUGUUGUCGGAAAAAUGCAAAUUAUUUGAAGACUGUCAGGAAGUGAGAAGUGUUUCCUAUUUAAUUAAGAUAAACUUGUGUAAUUUGAAUUUCCAUCAGUAAUACAUACUUAACGGUUGCAGAGUUAUGAAAUUACUCUAAAAUGGAGUGGUAUCCUGAAGAAGAUGAAGAAGAGUUGAUGUAUUCGCCAGCUUUAUUGGCUAGAAGAGCAUCUGAGAGCUGGAUCGUUGAGCCACCGAUCGAGAUUACUCCUAUAAAUGUGACUCUCCAACGAAAAAAAUCGCUACCAGAUUUUCAAGAUCUUCCACGUGCCACGGAAGCUAUGACUAGGGAGGAGGUGUCUGCAUUGGGUUCAGCAAGACGUGAAGCUGUACGCCGCCAAAUUGAAACUAACGAAAGACUAAAAGCGAAUCCCCUACUUUAUAUUUUUAGUCCACAAGUUAAGGAUUGGUUUACUCGACAACAAUUGGUGCUACUUGUGCUUUUUGUAAAUAUACUUUUAGGCUACCUUUUCGUGAAAAUGUUAACAUAGCGAAAUUUAUUUAAAGCCUAGUAUACUCAUAUGAAAAUUUACGGUUUUAGUUAAAUAUCUUAGUGAUUUUAAGUUAUAUUCGAAUGAAUGUCUGCACAAUUUUGAUAAAAAAAUAACGUUAUAAA